CAAAUUUUGAGAUUACAUAUAACGCUUGAUUUAAUUGUCAUAUCGCUCGAUCUUUCACCUUUCACCUAUGACCCCGCUGAGACAGACAAACAUGGCCGCCUCCGUGCCGUUCGUCGCCAGGGCUUUGUGCCGUUUAUCGCCUUCAAUUAUACAGCCAUUCCGUCAGUAUCAGUCCCUUCUACGUAGGCUACCGCAGAGGACGUGCCCGUCUCUGUCUCCAUUCCUACACCCAACUCACUUUUUCUGCCAAGGAGCAUCACCGCAGGAUGAGGCUGCUGCCGAGACUGUGGAGACUGUGUCCCAGUACAAGGACAGGCCCUGGGAUUACCUGGAAAGUGAAGAGUACAUUGAGAAGUAUGGAACCAAUCCGGUCUGGGCAGGUUACAGGAGGAACCACAAAGGAGCCAUUCCCCCACAGAAGACACGCAAGACUUGCAUUAGAGGAGGCAAGAUAUGUGGCAACCCCUGUCCUAUUUGUCGGGAUCCAAACGUUAUUCUCCACCCUCAGAAUGUGAAGUUACUGCAGCAGUUCAUUAGUCCCCACACUGGAGUGGUGUACGAUCCAACUCGAACUGGUGUGUGUAUGAAACAGCAGAAGAUACUAACUGAAGCAAUCAUCACAGCACGAGACCACGGCCUACUUCCCUUUCAGGUUCCAUAUGUGGAUUUUACAGGAGAAGACUUCUCCAAUUCCCAUGAUGCUGUAGGCUCCACACAUCCUCCCUCAUUUUUAACCUCUGGUGAGACCUGGUAUAAAUGGUAUGGGGAAAUGACGCCUGACGAGAAGGAAGUGGCUAAAGUCAAGAAGACGUACAAGGCUUACUUAAAGUGAUGGAGACGAUAGAAACUGACCCACAUGAUCAAACUUUUGAUGGGGAAAUUAUCUCAACUUGUGUUUGGUUUUCAAUACAGAAUGUGGAAGUUUUUUAGACCUUAUGAAUUUCCACUAUAUGUUCAUGCUAUACAUAAAAAAUGUACAAUAAACAGAUGGUGAAAAUGUA